UCUCGCACCGAGGUGAUGCAGCGAGGCUGCGCUUGCCGCUUCCUGCACGGCCCACAGACGGCGGAAUACGCCGCGGGCCUCAUCCAGAAGGGGUUGAUGGAGCAGCGAGAGACCAAGGCCGAGAUGCUCUUCUACAAGAAGGACGGGUCGACGUUCUGGUGUCUGCUCGAUAUCGUCCCCAUCAAGAAUGAGAAACGGGAGGUGGUGCUCUUCCUUGCCUCCUUCAAGGACAUCACGGAGGCCAAGCUGCUGGCCGUGCCAGGGGAGAGGCCCCAUCCCGAAGACGCUAGCCGGCGGAAGAAGCGGCGGGCGGUUCGCCCGGCGUUCAUGUCAAGCCGGCGCAGAAGCCGCGCGGUGCUCUACCACCUGUCGGGCCACCUGCAGAACAAGGAGAGCAAAGGCAAGCUGAAGAUCAACAACAGGGUGCUACGCGAGCAGCUGGUGCUGCCGGAGUACAAGGUGGCGACGGUGCAGAAGUCCAGAUUCAUCUUGCUUCACUACGCCACCUUCAAGGCCGGCUGGGACUGGCUGACCUUGCUGGCGACAUUCUACGUGGCUCUCACGGUGCCCUACAACGUCUGCUUCGUGGGGAAGGAGGACAAGCCCGUGCCGUCACGCAUCACCAUCGUCAGCGACAUCGCCGUCGAAUUCCUCUUCAUCACGGACAUCAUCCUGAAUUUCCGCACCACGUUUGUCAGCAAGUCCGGCCAAGUGGUGUACGACUCACGGCUCAUCUGCAUGCACUACUCCACCACGUGGUUCUUCAUCGAUCUCAUCGCAGCCCUGCCCUUCGACCUUCUCUUCGCGCUCAACAUCACCGUGACGUCGCUGGUGCACCUGCUGAAGACGGUGCGUCUGCUGCGACUGCUGCGUCUCCGCCAGAAGCUGGAGCGCUACUCGCAGUACAGCGCCGUCGUGCUGGCGAUGCUCAUGUGCACGUUCGCACUGCUCGCCCACUGGAUGGCCUGCGUGUGGUUCGUCAUCGGACGCAAGGAGAUGGCAGCAAACGACCCGGAGACUUGGAACAUCGGCUGGCUGCACGAGCUGGGCAAGCGGCUGGACCGGCCGUACUACGCGAACAACACCCGCGGGGGACCCAACCUGCGCAGCGCCUACAUCGCGUCUCUCUACUUCGCGCUGAGCAGCCUCACCAGCGUCGGCUUCGGCAACGUGUCGGCAAACACGGACGCCGAGAAGAUCUUCUCCAUAUGCGCCAUGCUCACCGGGGCCCUCAUGCACGCCGUGGUGUUCGGCAACGUGACGGCAAUCAUCCAGAGGAUGUACUCUCGUUGGUCUCUCUACCACACCAAGACCAAGGACCUCAAGGACUUCAUCCGCAUCCACCGACUGCCUAAGCAGCUCAAGCAGCGAAUGCUCGAGUACUUCCAGACCACGUGGGCCCUCAACAACGGCAUCGACACGCACGAGCUGCUGCGUUACUUCCCGGAGGAACUGCAGGCCGACGUGGCGCUGCACCUCAACAAGGAGAUGCUGCGGCUGCCACUCUUCCAGUCGGCGUCACGCGGCUGCCUGCGCUCACUCUCGCUGCGCGUCAAGCCAUCGUUCUGCGUGCCCGGGGAGGUGCUGCUCCGGCAAGGCGACGCUCUGCAGGCCCUCUACUUCGUGUGCUCUGGCUCCAUGGAGGUGCUCAAGGACGGCACGGUACUCGCCAUCCUCGGGAAGGGAGACCUCAUCGGCUCGGACCUGACCGUCAUUGAGGAGGUGGUGAAGACCAACGCCGACGUGAAGGCCCUCACGUACUGCGCCCUUCAGUGCAUCGGCCUUCGGGGCCUCUACAACGUCCUGUCGCUCUAUCCCGAGUAUGCGUGCCACUUCCUCAGGGACCUGCAGAACGACCUCACCUAUAACCUGCGGCUCGGGCACUUCCAGCCGCACAACGAAGACCGGGGCGCAUCGAUGCACGCGAAGCUGCCAUCCAUCGUGGAGGACGAAGAGGAGGAUCUGGACGACGUGGAACUCACCCUGCUCUCCCCGGACUCGUCCUUCUCGAGGGAGAGGACCCUGAACGGUCAAUCGUCGGCCUCCCUCCAGGUGCCACCGACAUUCACCGGCCCGCUGAACUACGGCCGAUCUCCCGUCGCCUCGCCGCCCUGCCGCUCGCCGGUGUGGGGCUCCUGCCAUCCGCCCGCCGCGGGGGGCAACGUUGCCGCCCCCCCUCCUCCUCCUCCUUCUCCCACGCCGCGGACGCUCCGGCCGCCCUCUGACCCCCAGACGGAGUCGGCUCGCGCCGGCAGCUCCGGCCCGCGCUGGGACGUGCGGCGCCCGUCGUUCGAGCCGCCGUUCGUGACGGCCACGAAGCGGAGCCCGUGCUUCCUGGAGCCGACUCGCCAGUGGCCUCAGCACGGAGCGCAGCAGCAGCAGCAGCAGCUGAUGCCAGGUGGUUACCUCGGCGACGCGGACGCGUGGAGGAAGCCGUGCCACCUGCAGAUCCCCAUGCCGACGUCACCGGCGCUUUCCGAUCUCAGCCCACGCAAGGCCCGUGAAGGCGCGCUCGUGUUCCCGGGCUGUCCAUCCAGUGACUCGACAGAAUGCGACAACCGCCAAAACAUCUGCAAGCUCAACCAGGAGAUGUCCACGCUGACUCGAGAAGUCUCUCAACUGAGUCAGGACCUGCGCAGCGUCAUGCUGCUCCUCAAGAUGUUCCUGCCGACUCAGCCCAAACUCCCGGCAGCCGCUGAACCGGGCCGCUCGGUUCUCGCGCACUCGCCGCCCGGCGACAAUCGUUUCGGGGCGCAGGUGCGGCCCGCCACCUUUGCCGCGUGCGACCACGCGGGCGACGCGUCCGCCGACGGCUGCUCCGCUGGGCCCGGCGCGAAGCCUCCCGCCGGUUCGAGCGCGACGAACAAUGGCGGCGCCGCGGCAACGACGCGCCACUGCGGCUACGCGCGAACGUGCUUCUGCAGAGGCGGGCGCGACUCGAACCUCCUCAACUCCAAUUUCAAUUGCCUGCUGUGCGCGCCCGAGCCAAGCGGCGGCGGCGGCGGCGCGAGCGUCGCUUGGCCCGAGUCGCCCGUCGGUUUCUACGACGCCGCUGCCGCGGCGAGCCUCGAACCGCGAGGCCCGAGGGGUUUCAUUCCGGAGGUGACGGUCGACGCGCAGGCCUCCCCCGCGGAGGACGGCGGGUGGCACGACCUGGUCGAGAGAGGGGCGGUGGAGUGCGCGCGUCUGCUGGGGACGCACCACCCCGCCGCCGCCGCCGCCGCCGAUGCCUCCGCUCCGUCUCGCGACGUGCCGGAGCUCGUGUCUCUGGAGCUGCUCAGGGCGUCGUCGGUGGCGAACGCCUACCACGGCGGUACGGAGCUCGUCGAUAACAAAGUGUAGGAGGGAAUAGCCAGCGGGCAGUUUUUUAACGAGUUUGAUGAGGACGAGCGCACGGUCUUCCCCCCCCCCGAGUGUGUGUACGUACAUGUUGAACUUCUUUCGCACCGUACGUAGCGAACCGUGUGAAUAGGAGGUGCGGGGGGAGGACAACAAACUGAACACGAGAAGAAAAAAGUUUUCUAUUUAGAUUUAAAAGUGCAUAGGGGCCGUCCAUCAAUGACGUCACGCACCUGGGGGGGGUGGGGUCAGACACUUGUGACGAUGUGUGACGAGGGGAGGGGGGG